AUGUUGAUGCGCCGCCUGGGCGCUUCGGCUUUUCGCGGAGUCCGCGAGCGCCGCUCCGGCGUCUUCUCCUCCGAAAUCUGGUUUGGCGAAAAACGCGUCAGUCUCGGCACCUUCGACACCGCAGAGGAGGCGGCCCGCGCGUACGACGCGGCGGCGCCUCGUUGGGAGGUGAAUUUUCCCAACGUGUCGACGAGCCAGCGGGCGCAGGAUCUCGCGCCUCUCCCGCAGCUUUUCACCGACGAGGAUCGUCGUGACAACCGGAGGCGGCAGCGUCGCCUCGCCAUCGCUGAGAUGGACGUGGAAGCCAUGGCGGUGUAG